CUAGCGUUAUUCAAAAAAUAUUUCACUAAUGAAUUUGCACCUGAUGGUGCAAUAAAGUGUUGCUUAUGGUGUGAUUCUGAAAUCCCUUCAAUUUUGCAGUUCAUAGGUGUUAAAGUUUUUGUGGAAAUUAAUGGUUCGUAUAUAGCUGAAUAUUUUGAUAAUGUUGUUGCAUCAGUGGUAAUGAAUUGAGCACCAAGGUCUACAAAUGUACCGCUGGGACCACGGCGUACUGAAGUGCGGCCACCUGGGCCUCUGGCUUUGUCCCAUAGUGUCAAAUGAAUAUUUGGUAUACGGCGAAUUAUAUAGUAUACUUAAACAAAACUGAUUUUGUCAGUAAACAUUUUGUUGAAAAACAACACUCUUCUGGUUAUAAAAUAAUUCUAUUUGAUUUCGGUCACAUAUUCACAUUUUUCAUGGAUCAACAAGAAGAAAAGUUUCAAUCAACAUACGAAGUCGCAGCUUCUAAUAAUUUGUCAAGGAAUGCACGCGUGUCUAAUCCUAAUGGUCAUUCUUCUCAGAAGAAUCAAAAACCUGUAAUUAUUGAUACACGUAAGAUUAAACAUUAUGGCCGCAGGAUGAAAUUGAAUUGCAGGCAUGGGUAUAAUAUUUUAAUUCUUCAAAACGGAGAAGUAUCCAGUUCUGACGAUGACAUAGACAGUCAUUGUAUAAUGGAAUUCACAUCAAUGUCUCCUGGUCAUGUUCGUAUUAGAGGAGUUGAAGCAAAUUUGUUUUUAGCUAUGAAUAAAGAUGGACUUCUUUAUGGAGAGGCUGAUCCUAAUAACAAUGCAACUAUUUUCAUUGAACAACCUGAAGGUCCUUACAGUGCAUAUUUAUCUUUGAAAUAUCAACGAAAAAAAUGGUAUAUAGCUAUAAAAAAAAAUGGUAAAAUUAAACUAGGCCCAACAACUAAAAGAGGACAACAUGCUACACAUUUUUUAACAAUUGUUGUAUGAUAUAAUACUAUACAUUCUUUGAUUAUUUUAAAUUCAAUUAUAAUAUUGAUGAGUAAAAUAUAUCAAUGGUAUUUAACUAUUAUUUCUUUAAAACUGUUUUUAUAAAUAUUAUAUUCUAUUCAGCGUGCUGCUAGACAAAAAUCAAUUCUGCUAUGCAUACUUACACAACACUGUACUAUGGUAGAACAGGUCUUGAUUGCAUGGUGUUCAAUGUGUUGGCGCAAAAUUGGUCUGUUCUUCUGCUGAAUAGAGUAUAUAAAUUAUUCAUACUAGUCAGUAUUAAAUCUAUAUUUCUUUUUUGAAAUUUAUAACAUUUACUUUUAAGUAAAACUGUAUUUUAUUUAGCACACAAUACAAGUAAAUUACCUAUUAUUUAUUUUAUACUUUUGUAUUAAGAAAACAUUAUCAAAGAAUAAUACUUAUUUAUUGUGAUGAUGAAACACUGCUAAUAUAACGAAAGCUAUGUUAGUAUCAUGAUGUUACUGGCUUACUUCUAUAAGUAUUAAUAAACUAGUCACUUGUCAGUA